CCCUGACACGUCUCCUCAAGCACCACGAUACCAUCACAGUCUCUCCCCCGCGCUCAUUCAAACAUCACGCUCCUUAAAAAACCGUCAAGAUGACUCGCGCUCAGCAGACCAUUUCUCUCGCCCUUUUGGUUUCUUCUCUCUACCUUGCGCUCUUCCUUGAGCUCAUCCCUCUUCCUCCUCUGAUCCAGGAGCAGAUCGUCCCCGUGCUCCCCUUCUGGGCCCUCGUCUCCUUCGGCGCAUAUCUCCUCUUCCGUCUCGGCUUCGGCAUCCUCACCUUCAACGACGUCCCCAACGCACACAAGGAGCUCACGGCGGAGAUUGAGCAGGCCAAGGUUGAGCUCCGACAGCUCGGCGUUACUGUCGACUAAAUUGGCGAAAAACACACACGAUGAUCUAAACGGCUAUAGAAGGGGCAAUGGGGGGAAUGGUAGAUGAGGUUACAAAACUUUAAUUACAAUAAUCUGGUAUCUUGUUCGUGCGACCUGCGCAGAGGAAUUCUACACAUCAUACGCCUAUGCUUGUGAGGUUUG